CUCAGCCCCGGCGGAGAUAGGAGGAGUCGAUUCUCGGCUCUGAUUCCCCCAGUGGGGCGCUGGGCGCCGCUCCCCGUCCUGGAACCCUCCUAGAGUUCCAGAGGAGACUUUACUAUGGAGAGUCCGACUCUAUCCUUACUCCCGAGACUGUAAAACCCGGAUUCCUGGCGGGGUGACUUCGACUGCUCUUGAGCCAAUUAAUCCCCUAAGUAACAGGAGCCCCAGUGCGGCUUCCCUCUCCACCCCCCUCCACCCCCCCACGAGUGGGAGGAAGAGCAGCGGCGGCGCCAGCAGCCUGAGGAGCAGCGCUCCCCACCAGCUUUGGAAGAGAUCCCAUUGCCUCCUCCGUUGUUUCAGCAGGGAAGCUAGGGAGGCUGAAACGGUAGACGCGAUCACCUGAAUAGCUGCGAGAGGGCCCCAGGUAUGGGAUUGGGAAACACCUGGGGACAGGAAAAGUAGCGGGGAACCCCAAAUAGGGGAGCCCGGGACCUGUGGUUACCUUCUAGAGGACAGCCAGGUACUGGCUGUGAGAGCAGCGUGGAGCAGAAAUAUUCACGCGUGAAGUCCGGGAGCCAGAGAAGUAGAGAGCGUAGAAAAGGAGUCCGAGACCAGUGAGGAGCAAGGGAUCCCCCUCAAAAACAGAAAAGCAAGCAACAGGAACCCCAGAAAAAAUCUUCAGCUUUGUGGGAAACCCAGGACCUGCGACAGGAGUCCUUGGACAUCUGAUUGGCAAGUCCCAAGCGCAGGAGCACCAGCUCUGGGCCAAGCCCACCCACGCGUGGAGCACCAGCAGCAGGCCCGAGGCCCAGCGGUACCUUGAACAUUUCUAACUGAGACUCCGGAGUAGCUCCGGGGCGCGGAACCCACCUCCUCAAGCGCCAAGGCCAAGCAAGGGACCAAGGGUAUGUUGAAGCCAAAGGAUCUGUGCCCUCGGGCGGGCACUCGUACUUUUUUGGAGGCGAUGCAAGCUGGCAAGGUGCACCUGGCGCGUUUUGUCCUGGAUGCCUUGGACCGUAGCAUCAUUGAUUGUCGGGCGGAGCAGGGACGCACGCCGCUCAUGGUGGCUGUGGGGUUGCCCGACCCCACGCUCAGAUCCCGCUUCGUACGGUUGUUGCUGGAACAGGGCGCGGCCGUGAACCUGCGAGACGAGCGGGGCCGCACGGCACUGAGCCUGGCCUGCGAGCGAGGUCACCUGGACGCGGUGCAGCUGCUGGUGCAGUACAGCGGCGACCCAGAGGCGGCCGAUUCGGCGGGGAAUAGCCCAGUGAUGUGGGCCGCCGCGUGUGGCCACGGCGCUGUGCUCGAAUUCCUGGUGCGCUCUUUCCGCCGCCUUGGUUUGCGCCUCGACCGCACUAACCGCGCGGGCCUCACAGCUUUGCAGCUCGCGGCCGCCAGAGGCCACGGGCCUUGUGUCCAAGCGCUCACGGGGCCCUGGGGUCGCGCCGCCGCUGCGGCGGCCGCCCGCGCCCGGGGCUCUACGUCGGACAGUCCCCCAGGCCGGCCCAGUGCUGCGCCCAGCCCCGAGCGUCGCCGGCCUAGCCCUCGCCGCCUUCCGCGGCCCCUUCUGGCCCGCUUCGCUCGGGCAGCUGGAGGCCAUGGGGGCGAGACAGGCCCCGGGGGCAAAGGUUCGGGCCGACAGAGAUCGUUUGGCAACGAGCGGCCCGAAUUUGGCCGCAGCAUGAGCUUGGCUCUAGGCUCAGUGACCGAGGAGGAGGCUGCGCGGGUCCGGGCAGCAGCUCAGCUCCCCCGUCCGAAUUCCCCUCAGGCCUCGGGCACAGGGAGGUGGCGCUCGCAGGAGCUAUUGGAAGGCAAGGCUCUAGCCCUAAUCAAGGCUCCUGGUGGGCUUACUCCCCAUCCCGAGGGCGGUCCUGGGAGAGGCCGUCUCGGUCUGCGCCGCCGUUCUACUGCGCCGGACAUCCCCAGCCUAGUGGGGGAGGCGCAAGGGUCAGACGGUGGGCUGGAGCAGGAGCUUGACUCGCUGCCCCUCACUCUGCCUGGCCAGCAGACCCCUUGGCAGGGGGGCACCGAGGCAGACGCAGUGGUCUUGCAAGCCCAGCGGUGAAGAGGCUCCAGGGCACUUCACCAAAAUUCCCCAAACCCAAAUUCUCCUGUGCUGGAUCCAUAAAACAACCCAGUUCCUUUUCCCUGUUCAUCCUCUCAAAGGCCAGAGUUGCUCUCCUCCUUAUAGGGCCAUCCAAACUUCCUGUAACUCCCAGGUCUGCUUCUCUACCCUAGUCAUCCAUCAGAGAGGCCAUGGCCUCUAAGUCCCUCUGAGGGGCUUGCACUAUAGUUUCCCUUCCUCCCACGCCCCAUUGUUCCCCCCACUCAACCCUGUCCCUGCCCACUUUUCCAUUUUGUUUAGAUUUUUCACCUCCAUCCAGUGGGCCAACUCUUCCCUUUCCUUUUCUUCCCUUUGCACUAAAAGCAAGGAGAAGAAAAACUGGUACCAACAGACUCAGGGCCCACGGUCUACAUUAACCUGAAGGUGUAGUAAACUUUGAGGGUCUUAGCCUGUUAGUGAGAUCUAGAAUCAAUGACAGUUAAAUUUGAAAAAAAAAAAUCUUAGGGAGCAUUUGUUCCAGUCUGUUCUUUUCAUAAAUGAAAAACCAGGAUCCAGAAGAAAUUAAAUGACUCUCCCAAGUCAUACAGGUAGUGAAAGAGUCAGAAAUCAAACCUAAGGCUUUCUAUUCCUUAAUCCAAUGUGUUUCCCUUUACACCUUGCUGGCUCCCUAACCUUUAAGUUUCAUUUAUGCAAACGGUUAGAAAUGCCAGUACAUUUUCUGUGCUGCAACCACAGCAUCUUGAGAGAUUGGGAGAAUGCUUUCUCCGAGUGCAGGCAGACAUCUGACACAGGUAUUUGCAAGCUUGAUCCAGGUAGGUCUGUGACAGUCCUUUCUCUCCCUGCACCAAUAGUGAGGUGCCCCAGUGCCAGGCAAGGGGAGAACAAAAGGGAAGGGAAUGUCCAGAGACCUGCAGGAUAAAAGGCUUCUACCUGAAUUCUGUCACUUAUUAUGAGUAUUUGAGAGGGGAGAACUCUAUGUCUUUAAUGAUUAUGAAAGGGUAUUUUCCCCCAAAAGCAGUUAGCCAUGAAUGAAAAACACCUAGUUAGGAAUUUUUGCUAUUGUCCUCUAACGUUCUUUAUACCAUAGGAACAGAUUUAGAAGUGGUAGGGACCUUAGAAGCCAUCAACUCCAACCUUUUCAUUUUACAGAGGAAGAAACAGAGACACAAUGAUUAAGUGGUUUAUUCACGAAUAGAUAAUAAGUAUCUGAAGUGAGUUCUGAAUUUAGGUGUCCCUGACUUCAAGCCCAGUGCCCCGUUUUCUAGGGUAGACUGGGUCUAGUCCUUCCCAAGGUUUGAUUUCCCUGGGUGGGGGUGAGGGGACUAUCAUAACACCAGACUGUCUUGAAUACCUGAAUACCUUCCCAAACUUUUUUUGCUCUAUUCCCCCCAAACAUCCACAAUCUAGCUACUGAACAAUCCAUCAGGAGGAAACAACUAAACCUUUCCCAGUUUUCACUGGGUUUGAAUUGAAUUUUUGAGAUAAUGGAAUCCAAAGAUUUCUAAUAGUUAACAUGCCUUUUAUACUCCCAUUUCCCCAAAUCUUCCACUUCACUAUUUCCACUUAUUUCUAAGAUGCUUAAAAGGAAAAUGUUUCCUUAGUGUUCUUCCGCCCCUGUGCCCCAAACUCCCCCUCUCUCACCACCUGCACAGAAGGUGUUCCUAUCAGUUUGUGCUUUAGAUAUGGGGUUGCAAGGCUUUGAUUAAUUUUUCCCUUCACUUUCAAAUAACUCCCAUUUGGAGGCUUUGUAUAUCUAGCAGAAAGCAGCAGGCUUGAUUUGAGGUUUAAGAACCUUGACAAUGUCUCUCUAAAUAGAAGCUCCGCGAGGGAGAUAAUUGACUGAAGUGUUUGUGAUGUUAAACUAAGAAGCAGUGAAGCUGGGAGCCCACACUAACUGCAGGUCCCCGUUUAAAUUACAUCAAACUCCCGCAAGAGCUGGAAGGGAGCUGCUAAAAAGUCUGCAGCUUCUAGCUGGGCUGUAGAUGGAGGGCAGAGCGAUGACGGAUGCUAGGAGUUGAACCCCACAGGAAACCUACUGGUUAUGCCAUUCUGACCCCCCACUUCAUCACCACCCCCGUGGGACGUGGUCCAAUUUCAGCCCCAUUACCGACAGAUUAGUGAGUCAGAAGCAACUGCCAAGAGGUGGUUAAAAGGUUCUUUCUCUUUUCUUCCCUCCUUAUUCCUCCUCCCUCUCCCUCCUCCCUCACUCUUCCCCCUCUCUUUUUGUUAGCCUAGACUAGUGUGCCUGUGUAUAGGCUGGCGCUAGGACCCUGUGGAGGCUCAAGGCCUUCCAGAGAGACUUUGCUAUGGAAUUUUUGCUACCAGGCUGAUG